GCGCGAACCACGCAUCGUCCUCUACAAAAAUAAUACAAGUUUUCAUUGCUCUUGCGAUUACUCAAUAAAGUCGUCGAUCAAGUGGUUUGUUCGUUUAAUUAUCCCGGUCGUAUUUAUCGAACGGAAAUUGAUAAAGCUCACCUCAUAUAUAUAUAAUACGAGGGUAUUAGCAGAACUGUGAAAGUGAAACGCCGUGUGAGCAUCUGAAAAUACCUACCUCUGUCUUUUUUAAUUGUCAUACUUUAGUUAGUGUGUAUCCCGAAAUGGACCGUUCGCUACUAUUGUUCUUCCUGCUGUCGCUAUUCGUAGCGUCGUCGGUGUGCAAUGACGAAGGGGUCGCGAUAUGCGCGUGCGCUCGGAUCUACCGGCCGGUGUGCGCCUCCGACAUGCGCACGUACAACAACAAUUGCGAGUUCGAAUGCCAGGCCAACCACGUCAGGCAGCUCGGCCGGGACUUGUACAUCAUAAAGAACGGCAGAUGCAACGAUUAUGUUCUCAAUUCUUUUGUGUGCCCUGGUGACUUCGCUCCCACUUUGGGACGGGUGGGCCGAACACGAGUGCUUGUGCAUGCGGCCAUACGACCCCAUCUGCGCUUCCGACAUGCAGCGGUACUACAACAAAUGUGUCUACGACUGCAGAAUCAACUAUUUGACCAGAAACAACAUGCCGAUGAUACAGCCUGUCAACUGCUCCACUUUGCGACCUGCGUCACCACACACAUAAUACAAUUCUUUAACUAUUGACAAAUUAAAUAAAAACA